UAUAGAGAUGAAAACACGUCGUAAUAGAGCAACAAAACAUCCACAACUGUCUUAAAUAAUUAGAGAAGGUCAGGUCAGCGGUCUAAGUAAAAGUUCGUUAUUAUUUUAGGUUAGUGUUAGGGGAAAAAUCUCUUAAACUAAAAUAUUUAAGCCCGUAACAUACUUGAGACUUAAACGUUUUUCUCCAUGGAUAAGUCGAAGAACUUUCGAAUAGACGCCCUGUUGUCAGAAAGCUCUCAGCGGAUAGUUCGCGAGGACUCCCCGGGACUGUGCAAUGACGGCUCUGACAUCGAGCCCGUGAUAUGCAAACGGACAGAAAACUCUCCUCCCCGCGGUUUUCAGCUUCAGACAGGGGUGAUACCCAAACCAGGCAUGCUGAACAUUUCUCACCCCGGAUUAACGUCACUUUCCCAAGGGUCUAUGCCUGGAAUGUAUCCCUCACCUAUGUACUCAAUCACGGCACUUGGAGCGCAGCAUCCCACCUUCGCGUAUUCUGGUUUCCCGCAGCCGUAUCCGGAGCACCUGAAGGCGGCUGCCGUGGCCGGUUCAUUUCCUUUAGAACACUGGCUCCGGGCUGGACUCAUAAUGCCUCGGCUUGCAGACUACAGCGGGGCACCUCAGUCUGGUUUAAUCGGAAAGUGCCGGAGACCACGCACAGCUUUUACCAGCCAGCAACUGCUAGAGCUGGAAAAUCAGUUCAAACUCAACAAGUACCUAUCAAGACCCAAACGCUUUGAAGUGGCCACUUCUCUCAUGCUGACUGAGACACAGGUGAAGAUUUGGUUCCAGAACCGACGGAUGAAGUGGAAGCGCAGCCGUAAAGCUAAAGAGCAGGCCGCGCAGCUGGAAACAGAUGGCUGUAAGUCAGGCAAGAGAGAAAACAAGCCCAAAGACCUCAGUCGCUGCAGUGCACAUGAUGACGAUGAGGAUCUGGACGCAGAGGAGGAAGAUGAAGAAGAAGAAGAGGAGGAAGCGUUUAGAAAGUCUAUUAACGCAGGUGUGGGUUUACCUCACCCCUCAGACUUUCUACAUCACAGCUCUGCGCUGAGCUACAGCUCCCAUGGCUCUUACUCUGACGACGACCUGGAAGAAAUCGGAGGAGACCGAAAGAUCAGACUAGGGUUAUGAAAAACAGGUUUAAAACCCAAGAGCUGAAGACUGAAAGCUGUUGAUGUCUAAACUAUCCCUUAGAGCCAAUGAGUUCAUUGUCCAUGAUGUUUAUAGUCUUAAAUAAUUCAUGAAAAUGGUCUUCCAGUUUAUUUGCACUUAAUAUUUUUUCUUAAAGGCUGCUUGUAAACUGCAAAUGUACACUGUUUCAAACUAACGUUUUUCUUAUGUGAUCAAAAUCUUUACAAUAUGGACAUUUUGGCUGAAAAAAGCUGUUGAACCAAAUGAGGAAGCCUUUGUACUCAACGUCACAGGCUGACACUUGUGUUCAUUGGUCUCUUGAACACAUUUCAUGUAAGAGUGAUGCUGAGGAACAGACGAUUGUUGAGGUCAUCAUUGCCAGCUUUCUUCCAAUAACCACUGACUGGAACACUGAGGAACUGGUAAAUCCUCUGCAAAUAUUGAACAAGGGCAAACUGUGAACAGUGCAUUAGUUAGUCCAUUAGUUUAUGUCAUGUUGUUGAUGUUGGUGUCUUUAAUGUUAUUUAACUGUUAUAGAUUAUAUCUAAUUUAUUCAGCUGAUAUCAAGACUCAAGAAGGAUGUGUGACCUUCAACGACUCUACUUGAAGACAAAAGUGAAAUAAA